CAUUAUUACGAAUUUAGUUUAUGACAGUUCAUAAAUGGAAUUUCGCAAAUUUAUUAAAUUUAGGUUAAGAAAUAAUUUUUGAAAAGUGGUGCCUCAGAAUCGAGCCAUUGUCUCCAUUACUUUAUGGUUGAACAUUAUGUUGGCUUGUUUAUGGAGACUAAAAAAUAAAAAAUAAAAAAAACCGUUACCUUCUAGAAAUUUGAAUAGGUCUGUUUAUUGGUGGCCGUUAACUGUGCCUGUAGUGAAAUCAAGAACCAAGAACCAACUCUAUAUAAAAAGCAAGACCAAGAUUAUUGAAAUCAAAACAGCCGUACAUUGUUGCCGUUGUGCUUAGUUGUUGACUAUACAGAGAAAAUUAAUAAUUUUACGAAGACAUGGAUAUUCACGUACGGCGGUUCAGAUCGGCUCAGGUUGCCAACCAAGAGAACGGGCAUUUUAAUAAGACUAAAACUACCAUGGUCUUACCAAGCAAGCGGCAAGAUAGUGUUCGUGGUGUUUUGGGAGAACUGGAUCACAAUGUCCAAGCUCAGCGUGAGAAUAAUAAAGGGAAAGUGGCUAUUACUGCUGCUGAAUUUGAGAAAAAAGCUAUUGUAAACCGUUGUCAAACUCGUCAUGUGCAGUCGAAAGUGGAUACUGGACUUGUAAGCAAGAAUAUGUCAGUACAGCAGCCAUCAAAACCAGUACUACGCCGUGAGGAGAGCACUGCUUCCCUUGCUGCUAGAGCUGUUGCUCGAACCAGGGCUGUAUUGAAAGAAACUGCUGAUAAUCAAACUGAACACAGGGAUGUCAAUAUUUUAAUACAAGCAAAGAAAUCUACACAAAUUACUAAACGGAAUACAAAGCUACCAAUAUUGAAAGAGAACAAUAAAGAAACAAAAGCUUUAAAACCUGUUCUUAAAGAAUCAACAGACUCACUGGGGAAACUUAAAUUGGUUGAGACCACUACAUAUAAAGAGAAGAGCACUGCAACAAUUAAUCAUAGCAAUGGACAGACAAAAGAAACACUCUUUGAGAAGAAUACCUUUCAUUGCCACACACCAAAACUUCCUGAUGACAUUGAAGAUAUUGAUGCUAGUGAUAAUAAUAGCCCUCUUCUUAUGUCCAUUUAUAUCAAAGACAUUUACAAUUAUUUGAUAGAACUUGAAGAGAAGUACCCAAUUGAACCUGACCAUUUAAAAUUUCAGAUUGUUCUCACUGGUAAAAUGAGAGCGACCUUAAUAGACUGGCUGGUGGAGGUUCAACGUCAGUUCUCACUGGUAUUAGAGACACUGCACUUAACUGUUGGAAUAAUUGAUCGAUAUUUACAGUUAGUGCCAAACAUCCAGCGCGACCAGUUGCAGCUAGUUGGCAUCACAGCAAUGUUUAUCGCUAGCAAAUAUGAAGAGAUCUAUGCACCGGAUGUUGGAGACUUUGUAUACGUAACAGACAAUGCUUACAGCAAAUCUGAUGUGUUCAAAUGCGAGAGGGAUAUUAUGUCCAAACUAAAAUUCUGUUUAGCCAGACCUAUUCCACUUAGCUUUCUAAGGAGAUUUGUGAAGGCAGCUCAUGGGACAUCGAAAAACCAUCACUUGGCCAAAUAUUUUGUAGACUUAUGCCUUGUGGAGUAUUCAAUGGCUCAUUAUAGGCCUUCAGAGCUCGCUGCCGCAGCCAUUUGCCUUUCUCUCUAUUUGUUAUCAACCAAAGAGCUUGAUGAGGUGUGGACCCCUACAAUGGUUUAUUAUUCUACUUACUCACUCAGCCACAUUAAACCAAUAAUUAGAAAAAUAGCAAAGGUUGUAAUUAAUGUUGAGAAUUCUAAGUUUAAGGCCGUAUAUAAUAAGUAUUUGGACGCAACGUUAGCUAAGGUAUCAAUGUUGCCGCAGCUAAAAGGUGAAGCAAUUCAUGAAUUAGCUAAAUUACCGUUAGAUUCCAGUGAUUCAUAAUGUUAAAGUUGUUAUUAAAAUGUGUUGACUUGUAACACACAAUAUAUUGUAUUUUAUGUUUUAUUGUAUCCAUGGACUGAAUUUUGUAUAAGAUUUGUUUUAGCUACCUGUUUUGUUUAAUUAAGAUAUUAGUUUUAAUUUAGAUAUAGUUUUAUUGUAUUUAUGUGAUAUUGAUUGUGUAUCUAUGUAUUGUAUUCGGGAUUGACGUUAUUAUAAUUUAAAAAAUAGUUCUAUCUUUGUAUGUAUUAUUAUAUUAGUUGAUAUGGGAGCUUUGUAAAUCUCGUUUACAUAUACAUAAAUUUGUUAUUUUGUAUUAGAAUUAAUAUUGUACUUUAAUCCAAAACAUGGUCUGGAUUGUAUCAACUACAACGAAUGAUUUAAUUAUUGCUAAAUAUUUCAGAUAGGUAUUUUUUUUUAUCAAUUAUUGUAGAAUUAUGAAUAUUCUAACGCUUAUAUGUUUAUUUAAAUGUGACUGAUAAGAACUAAUAUUCUAAAGCUACAAUUUUCAGCUGUUUUGUUUGUAAAUUUUAAUAUUAUUUAAUUAAUGAAGACCAAUAAAUAUAUGAUUGACGAAUUCUCUAUGUGAAUUUUUUUAGAUAAGAUGUACAUAAUGUUUGUAACUUUGAAAGUAUUCUGAUUAAUUGUACUUUUGAUAAAACAUGAUACCUAAUGUAUUGAAAAUAAAAUCUGGAUUGACAACAUUAAUGCCUU